AGAAGAUGAAGAAAAGAUUAUUUUCUCUUCUCUUUUUAUCAUUGUCAAUUAUAAUUCCGCAAGUGAUUUCGUAUUCAAAAGUAACGAAGAAUGGCAAGCAAGACGAAAAACUUCAAGGAGAACGCGUCGAAAUAUCUAGAUCGAAGGGCCAAAAAAAUGAAGGUAGAAGUGUGCAGGAUAUCGUAAUUACUGCCUCUCCAAUGUUCGUCAAUGCCAGGAAUCCUAUUCUCAAACCUGGAGAAGCCAUUGAUUAUCCAACAACCAAAGGUUAUUCAACAUUAGAUGAAAGCAUGAUUUCAAAAUUGAAUUCGAUGCCACUCAAACAAAAUGUUCAAGAGAGAUUUCAUCCCCCAGCUCCCUUUGAACACGUAUUGGCCCACGAAAAUGCAAAAAGACAACAAAAUCGACCAGGAUCAGGAUUUUCAAAUCCUUCAACAUUAGACGCAAGGCCAUCGCCAAUGGGGCCCGAUAUUACAUUCACAAAACCUAUGAUUUCUGAGACCUUCGAUUAUCCACCCUCUAAUUUCGACUCUGACGGAUCCAUAACUUCCAAUUCCGAUCUCAAGGCACCAUCAUUUUAUGCAACUGAUUCCUAUCUGAAUGGCCAUAAGAUGAAUCAUAAACCCCAUGAUUCCUAUGGUAACAAACCAACAAUAUAUGGAGAGGAUCCUCCAAAAUCAACGGUGUAUGAAACUCAAUUUGAUCAUCCUCCUCCCCCCAUUUCAGUUGAUGGCUAUGUUUCUGAUCACGACUAUCAACAUGAUGUAAUCUAUGAUCACAUUCCUGAUGACGAUCAUCAUCCGCAUUAUCAUCAUGAUCAUCAUUACACUACCACUACAACAGAAGAGCCUGAAAUGAAUGAUCAACGUCUUAGCAAGAGGCCUUAUUCUUAUUAUUAUAUUGGUAGAAAACUUUGGUAUAUUCCGCUCUAUUUCAGUAUUUAUUUUAUCAUUUAUAUAGCAGCUCUAGUUCUCAAGAGUGUUGCCAGGCACAAGAUUAAUUUUCCGGCCAAUUUAGCAUCAGUUGCUUCAAAUGCAAGAAGUUCUGCUCAACAAAAUCAAUUGAAUUGGUGGGAUUAUACAAUGUGGAUUCUCGAUGCUAUUGAAAAAUAUAGAAAAACGUGAAAAAAAAAAUGAUAUGUAUUGAUUGUGACGCAUUCUGAAGAAAGGGACCUAAGAAGCAAAAAAUUAUAGGUUAUGUUUAUGAUACAUUUAUAUUUUAAUUUAAAGUUUCUUUUUAAUUAUGUAAAAUGAAAAUCAGUUUUUAUUUUUUUAUGUAUAAUAAAGACUCAAUAGUUUGUAAUUGAGAGUUAAUAUUUUAUCUAUUUCCACUACAAACUAUCAUAAACAUAACCUAUAAUUUGUUGUUUCUUAGGUCCCAAAUAAAUAGAAUAUUUUUUUCAGGAAAUCUACAUUCCUGGAUAUAAACGUCCUUAAUGUAAAAUAAUUAUCCAAUCGGGUUAAGACUCAAAAAAGCUGCCAAAGACAAAAAAAACGAGAUUAAAUAUCUCAAUAUUUUAUAGAAAAUAUUUAUUAAAAAUAAUAUUGUAAAUAGGGAAUUAAAAUUUCACUUUAAUAUAAUUAUGUGUCCGUCAGCAUUAAAAGGGACUACUUUAUUUUCUUUCAUAAGAACUAUAUUCGCAUUAAUGUUCACGCAAAAAUAUUCCUUAUUGAAAUCAAAAAAGUUGACCCUUUUCAUGCGGACGGACACAAAUAUUUUGUACAACUUAUUUUGCUAUAAUGUAUGAUAAAUUAUUUGUAUUACGACUUCAAUUGUUCGUUAAAAAAUUAAAAUAAUGUUACUGAAUAAAUGCU